AUGCAUUGCAAGCACAGUAAACAAAUGUGUAAACAAUAGGAUUGCAUACAAAUCGCUAACACUUUUCGCCCAACACUUGAUUUAAUGUGACAUUUGUUGCCAUAAAAGACAUAACAAAUCCAGUUAUCACUUAAUUUAAGUCUAAAUUGUGGUUCAAAUUAAGUUAAUUACCGUCUCUUUAAGCGUUAUGUCACUCUUAUUGACAUUAAUUAGUGAUAAUUGUGUGGUUUGUGAUAAUAAUUGAAGAGCUCUUCGCUAGCGAUGCGGACAUCACUUGUUGGAAGUGUUGGCGAUGGAAGUGAUGGCAACCAGGACUCGAUGUGGCCACUGGUCGCCGGACUGUUCGCCUUUAUGGCACUGUUUGUGUCCAUUUGGGAAAUCACUCAACACUUAAGCCAUUAUAAUAAGCCAUAUCUGCAGAAAUAUGUGGUGCGGAUCCUAUGGAUGGUUCCCAUAUAUGCCAUGAAUUCGUGGUUGGCAAUGAAUUUCCCGGUGAUAGCCAUAUAUGUGGACACUCUUCGCGAGUGUUACGAGGCGUUUGUUAUCUACAGUUUUAUGAAGUAUUUGCUGAACUUCUUGUUUCACGAGAUGGAUCUGGAAGUGACCAUUGAAUGCAAGCCUGGAGUCCAGCAUCUGUUCCCGCUAUGCUUUCUGGCCCCGUGUGUCGGCGGACGCAGGUUUCUGGACCGAUGCAAACACGGGAUCCUUCAAUAUGUAGUGAUCCGACCCUUCACUACAUUCCUCGCACUUUUUUUCGAAAUACUUGGCGUUUACGGUGAGGGACACUACGGGCCCUCUUAUGCCUAUCCCUAUCUACUGGUCAUUAAUAAUAUCUCACAAAUGAUAGCGAUGUAUUGUUUGGUCAUAUUCUACACCACCUAUAAGUACGAAUUGGCACCAAUGAGACCAUUGGCCAAAUUCUUAUGCAUCAAAGCUGUUGUGUUUUUCUCGUUCUUUCAAGGAGUGGUGAUAUCGAUAUUCAUUCAAAUCGGUUUUAUAACUCAGGCCUUCAUUCCUGAAGGCAUUAAAAGAGGCCACACAGACAUUGCCCGCAACUUUCAAGAUUUCUUAAUUUGCUUCGAGAUGUUGGUGGCGGCGAUCGCACACUUAUAUGCCUUCUCUCAUAAGCCGUUUGUGGAUUUAGCGGCAGUUAAUGAUCCCAUUUGUCUCAGUUUUAUGCGAAUCAUUGAUUUGACUGACGAGAGGACAGAUAUCUCCGAUCAUUUCAGACAAAUCCGAAAGCGAUUAAGAGAUGUGUUUCGGAACAGACGACAAGUGGAGGGCUUUGAAGAGAACAGUCCUCUCAUACCAUUAGAACGGAGAGGUUCUAAGAAUUAUAGGAGUCAACAGUCGGAGGAGACAUUCGUUACUAUUUGACGCCUUUUAUCUGUUUUAUCAUAAAUUUUAAUAAAUCUAAAUUAACACUAUUUACAAAUAUA